AUGACAUCGAAUGACAACAGAAAAAUUCCUUAUCAAUCCGUGGGUAAAGCGACACCAACCAAGUCGAUAUUCUUUUAUCUAACUGUAAUUGUCUUGCCAAUUAUUGUUUCUUUUAUUUUUUAUGUAGACUACUAUAGAAUCUACGAUGUGGAAGAAGAUUUGGACACGGUAAGAUGCAUUAAACUUUUUAAAUAAAAUAAUUACGAAAACUUUUCACAUUUCAGAUGGGUAUCAUCAAGCAUUGGGGCUACCAAGGCGAAGAGCAUAUCGCCAAAACGAAAGAUGGAUGGUCCCUCAAAAUCCAUCGGAUCCCACGAGGUAAAAACGAAGUCAACGACAAGCCAAAGAGACCAGUAAUCAUCCUUCAACAUGGCAUUGAAUGUUCCAGUGAUAACUGGAUUCUCAAUCUUCCACAUCAAAGUCCUGGGUUCGUCUUUGCCGACGCGGGCUUCGAUGUUUGGAUGGCAAAUUCAAGAGGCAAUAUUUACACCAGUCAUGCAAAUUACAGUCGGCACAACUCGGAGUUCUGGCAUUAUACGUACGGCAAAGGCUACUGAUUAAGUCUGAUUACAGAAGCGACGACAUGCAAAGAUACGAUCUGCCGGCUUUAUUUGAUCUGAUUGCAAAUAUCACUGGCCAAUCUCAAUUUUACUAUGUUGGCCAUAGCCAGGGUACCUACAUCAUGUUUACCAAGCUCUCUGAUGAUCCCUCCUUCUCCCACCGCGUGAAGAAAUUCUUUGCCUUAGGGCCUGGAGUUCGCUUUCAAAAUAUCCAAGGACCAUUUAAGUUUGUCUGCGACUCAUCAGAGGCUCCAAUUUUAUCGCGGUUUUGGGAUUGGACAGCUUAUACCGAAUUUGGAUUAGGUCUUUUGGGUCAGCACAUUGUCAAAUUUCUGACUCGUUGGACUUGCGCGACAUCUGCACAGAAAAGUUAUUGUUCAAAUAUUUUUUAUUGGUUUUCUGGAUCAAGCUCGACGCUAAAUGAGAGUCGAAUCGCAGUGUAUACGAAUCAUAUUCCAACGGGGAUUUCCACGGCAACUAUUCAGAAGUAUUGUCAAACUAUAGAUCCGGUAACCGGCGGAUUCAAAUUCUAUAAAUUCCCGACAAGAGAAGAGAAUUUGGAGAAAUAUGGACAGGUAAAUUAACAAAGGAACUUGAAAGAAAUAAGAUAAUGACUAUUCCUUUCAGGAAGAUGCCCCUUAUUACAAUUUGACAAAGAUGGAUGUACCUCUUUACCUGUACAGCUGUCCCAAUGACAUCUUAACAACUGAACAACAGCUUGACGAAGCGAUCAUUCCGAAUCUCAAGAAAGGAAUCCUCAAAGAGGAUAACCGAUACCAUGGGUUCUCUCAUAUGGACUUAUUAUGGGGUCUAAACGCAACCGAGAUGGUCUUCGAAAAGAUCAUAAAGGUUAUUAAUGCUGAUUACAAUUAG